UGCUUUUAUUGCGGAAAUCCCAACCGGAAGUUUCACUCGAGUCGUGCCGUGACCGUUUGAGUUGUAACAUCUUUUACACUCAAAGACUUCAGUCACGUCAAACUCCUGAAAGCUGCAGAGAAAUGGACGAGACAACAGACUUUCUUGGUUCAUGUGAUCCUACCAUACCAGAGGAGGGACCGUCAGCGCCCCCACCUGGCUGGUUGGAUGAUGUACAUGGAUACCAGGGCCACAAAGGAGGAGAGAAUGAUAACCCGUUGUAUCCUCCUCCACCUGCAUAUAACCCCACGCCUGAACUGGACAGGAACACGUCUGUGCCCAAUGUCAGGGUCCCUAUAGUGUCAGAGGAUGUGGCCAGAGAGGCCUUGCUCAAGUAUGUGGAAUCAAAAUGGAAGUACAGCGCGAAACCUGCCAGAAACCUGACCUUCAAGGAGCUCAAACCCGUCACUGUGUACAGGUAUCGACUGGAGACCUACACCGAGACGAGGACCAGCUCCUGGCAGUUUGAGCACUACAAUGGACAGCCGGUGGACGGUCCCCAGUACGGGGUGAGUCCUGCACCCUGGGACAUUCCUGUGGUGUUACCUGAGAGAUUCACUGAGAGGGUGGAGCAGCUCCGCGUGCCGCACUCGUCCGUCAUCAAGGUGUGUCACAAGUGUCACGGCUGUGGAAGGACUCGCUGUGGUAGCUGCUUCGGUAAAGGCCAGAGUCGUUGCUCUAGCUGCCAUGGCAGCGGUUACAGAAAUAGGCCGGGCAAUCACAAGAACUCUGGGAGAACGCGUUGUACUUUCUGUCACGGGAGAGGCCGUAAGAGGUGUAUUUCCUGUCAGGGCCACGGCUUCAAGACCUGCACUGUUUGUCACGGCAGCCAAAACCUGCUGCACUUCAUCCUGCUCACAGUGACAUGGAAGAACAACGUUGAGGAUUUCAUUCCGGACCGUCAGCCCGACUUUCCAGACAAGAAGUUUGAGGGGGUGACGGGAGAUCCUUUCUUUGUGGAUGAAAACGUUCUGGUGUAUCCUAUCCAGGGCUUCCCCGAUGACGAGAUCUGUGCUGUUUCUAGAGCCAUGAUAAACCAACAUCUCAAUAAAUUCAGCUCCACCAGCCGCAUCCUGCAGCAGCGUCAGACCAUCGAGAUGGUUCCUCUGACUCACGCUUAUUACACCUACAGCGGGAAAGACUACAGCUACUUUGUCUACGGGACGGAGAACAAAGUGUUUGCCGCCAAAUAUCCCACAGCGUGCUCGAUUCUAUAAACAUCACAUGCUUUAUGUGUCCUGUGCUCAGGACGGCACAUGUUCAGCUGUAGCCCAGACUGUACCAACAUGUAGGCCUCUAUACAGGCAAUGUAUCACAGAGAUGUUGUAUUGUGUCAAUAUUGUACCAGUUUGUUUACAAUAGUCAUCAGAAUUAACGUCAUAUAUUCACCAGUGUAAUCCUCCGAGUCUGCAGACAUCAGUGGUCAAACAAAUAAUCGCCCGUUGGUACCUUCAAACUGUUCAUCCCUUUGAACGAGUAGAUAUAACGUUUCUUUAACAUGAGGGGCUGAAGCUGCAGGUUUUCAGAUAAUCGGCGGCAGUAGCUCAGUCUGUAGGGACUUGGGUUUGUGCAUGUGUAUAUAUUUCAGCCUAUGAGUGUGUUGCAUGACUUAGGCUGCAGAGUGUAAAAACGGAAUUUCCCCUUGCGGGAUCAAUAAAAGUAAAUCUUAAUCAUUUCAUCUUUUUAAUUUCCCAUUUCCUGUAAACGAUGUGUGGUUACAUCACCUGACCACCGAAGUAAAACCGGGAUAUGAGUUUGGGGCAGUUGGGGCCUUUUUACAGCACACAGGACGUGCCGGUGUUACGUUUUAAAUAGUGACCAUGUUAAGUGGUGACUUUCCGCCUGAAUGCGUCUGUGGUUGUCGGACGUUAUGUGUCCAAAUAAUGGCCUCUUUGUUUAGUUUUUUAUUAAAUACAUAUCUAAUAAGUAUGUAUGACAUUGUGAUGAUACAAAAACUGAACAUGGAGGUAUUUGUUUGGACACUUUCAGUCGCGUUUGUCUGAAAGUCUUCAGUUAACACGGUCACUCUUUUGGCCGUAACACCAGAAUGUCACUUUACUGAUGUUUAAAUGUAGAGGAGACUCUCACUCCUUACAUCGAUGUAGGAUGAAAGUCUACAAAAGUAUAGAGAGAGAGAGUGAGGACAGACGGAUUUGAGCGCGGGCCUCCUGCUUGGAGGACUACAGCCUCCGUACAUGGGGCAUGCACAGUAACCACCAGGCUAACGGGGCCCUGUUAACACAAUAUGUAAUGUGAGCAUGAGGAGAAGUGUGUUCUUUCAGCGUCUAACAGCGUUAAUCCACAAAGUUCCUCUUCUCUGUGUUUUCUUUCUCAGAUUAAAUACUGUAGUAGAAGAAGAAUUUAGUCUUGUUUGUCAGAAGUGUGUGACCUCACAUGAAAGCUAUGAAUAUUAAGUGUGAUAGAUUUGAUACAUUUUGUGUAAAAUUAGGUUUUUAUUUUCAUUCAGACGAGCAGAUGAAUGCAGCCAUGAUGUCUGACAGGCUCCGUGUAAUCCAGCAGUAUAGAGAAUAAUCUGCACGUGUGUACUAACCGCUAACGCUACCUCUGCGUCGUCUCAUCAGACUGACAUUACAUUUACAUCCCAUUCAGUAUCCUGCCUGACGGAUCAUGUUGUUCUGAUCUCUCCGAGUUGAUUUAUAGACGUCUUUAAUGUCAUAUCCAAAGUAGACCCCUUCCAGAGAGGGGGUGUGGUCAGACACAGCUCAUUUACAUAUUUAAAGGUACAGACACAGAAACAGUCUGUUCUGAGCAGGGCUGAAAUAGAGGGGUUUAUAGACAUGAUCAAAUACAGGAUCAGAGUGGAUUUAGAACAAGAAACUUCACACACAUGUUUUGAGGAGCUCUGAGACUUAUUUACACUGAAGAAGAAGAGGAGGAUAUGUGACCUUUAAAGCUACAGACCAAAGUCUAGGAUGGCUCUCGAUCACUGUUCUCUGCUACAAACUGUAUGUGUUUAAACUUGUUGUUGUGUGUAUGUUUUAACGUUCUUAUUCUUCAGCUCAGGACUCUUUGUGCAUCAAAUCUAAAGUUAUGAAUACAAUCCAUCCUGACGCUCGUCUUUUAUAAUAGUUUUUUGUACGUUUGAUAUCGUAUCAGCCUUUGAGGGCUGGCUUUCACCACUUUUGUAUUUUAUAUGUUAAAGAAAAACUAAAAUUGUUUUUUAAUGUAUGAAUGGGAGUACCUCUUAAACUAACUCACUCAGACUCUCUGAGGCUCAACGUCUGUUUAUCAUUUCAAAUAUUUUAUACAACACGUCAAAAUCUGACAAAUGUAAUCAGUAAAAAUGUCACCAAUAAAGUUGUUGAAAACGUC